AUGUCGAAUACAUGGAUACCACCGGAUAUUACUCCCGUCUGCGAGACGGCACUGGCACCUUUGACGCAGUGCUCCCAAACUGGCUACAUGUUUUUGGCCCUAGUGACGCAAUUAUUCGGGAAAUCCAUAGACAAAAGGUAUUCAAAAGUGAACCCAUUUUCCCCGGAACAUGAUACAUUUUACAAUGUACAAAGGUUUCCCUCUCGCGGUGUUUCCAGGGCAUAUGAGCCGUUUACAUCGUAUCAGACGAAUUUCGACUCUCAUCCGCCACACACACAGACUCAUAUGGAAUAUUCAAAUAUACCGAAAUUUGAUUUUGAAGAUUCCUUCAAACAUUAUUCGAAUAAGGAACCUGUUUUUGAGUUUAAUUUUGAUGGACGUGCCGAUUCAGCCUUUGCGGCUUCAAAGAAAACCGAAGUGAAGGAAAAAGUAAAAGAAAAGAAAAGGAAAAAGAGGCAUAUACAGGAAUAUGACUUCAUUAUAGUUGGAGCUGGCUCAGCUGGGUGUGUUCUAGCAAACCGAUUAUCAGAAGUCAAAAAAUGGAAGAUCCUUCUUCUCGAAGCCGGGCCGGAGGAGCCAGACGUGACAAGCGUGCCAGCAUUCGCGACAAUAUUGGGCAAUUCAAAUAUAGACUGGAUGUAUAGAACUCAGCCAGAAAAAUUGACCUGUCGCGCACAGAGGGGACAGACUUGCGCCUGGUUCAGAGGAAAAACUAUGGGUGGUUCAAGCGCUACGAACUACAUGGUGUACAUUCGCGGCAACAAACUGGAUUAUGAUGAAUGGGCUGCUGAUGGAAAUCAUGGUUGGAGCUAUCGUGAGGUAUUACCCUACUUCAAGAAGUCUGAAAACAACAGAGACAUUGAGUCACAUGACAGAUAUUACCACGGGGUUGGCGGUCCACUUAACGUUGAACGAUUCCCCUAUGUCGACAAACCAACCAUGAUGAUUGUACAAGCAUUUAAAGAAAAAGGCCUCCCAAUAACUGAUCUGAACAGAGAGAGUAACUACGGAACAGAUAUAAGUCUGUCAACCUCUAAAGACGGACAACGACAGUCCACUAAUGUGGCUUUUAUUCGGCCCAUACGACACAAAAGACCUAAUUUGCAUAUUAUUACCAACGCUUUUACCACAAAACUUAUCAUCGAUCCUCUUACGAAUACAGCGUUAGGUGUUGAAUAUAUCAAAGAAGGUGUACUACAAAAAGUGUUUGCUAGAAAGGAAGUUAUAGUUAGCGCUGGUGCUCUGAACUCACCAAAAUUAUUAAAGCUCUCUGGUAUUGGACCUAAAGAGGAGUUAGAAAGUCUUCAUAUUCCUGUCUUAGUUGAUUUGAAAGUAGGACAUAAUCUUCAAGAUCACGUAACAACUGACGCAUUGAUAGCAUCACUAUCUAACAAAACAUCAACUUUAGUGAACGGUGAGCAAAUGCUUAGUGAAAUAUACAGAUACCAUGAUCAGCAUCCAAGAAAAGAUGGACCACUAUCAACCACGUCUAUUUUAAACAGUGUCGGGUUUAUCAAGACAAUAAUUUCCAAAGAAGAUGCGCCUGAUGUGCAAUUUCAUUUUGAUGGUCGACGUGUUGAUCAGUUUUAUUCAGAUCCUACAAGUUCAAUUGCCUCCAAUGUUUUACCUCUAUCAUUCUUUGAUGGUUUUGCCCCCCGACCAUUACUGCUUAAGCCCAAAAGUAGAGGCCUAAUAUUACUUAAUCAAACUGAUCCAACAUUUGGUCCACCAUUAAUUUAUACAGGUUUCUUUAAAGUAAAAGAAGAUGUCGAUACAUUAGUUGAAGGUUUAAGAUUUGCUGUAAGUUUAGAAGAUACUGAAGCUUUUAAGCUAAGUGGGGCUCGAUUUGUUAGGAUUCCUGUACCAGGAUGUACCGCAUAUUUAUGGGGAACGUAUGAGUAUUUCUUCUGUCUCUUAACACAUUACACAACAACUAUUUACCAUCCUGUGGGAACUUGUAAGAUGGGACCGGAGUGGGACAAAGACGCUGUAGUCGAUCCUAGAUUGAGAGUGUAUGGAAUGAAGAAAUUAAGGGUGAUUGAUGCUUCUAUUAUGCCGAAAAUUGUGAGAGGGAAUACAAACGCUCCUACUAUAAUGAUAGCUGAGAAAGCUAGUGAUAUGAUCAAAGAGGACUGGUUAUCUCAUCAAUAUUUUUAA